AUGCAAAGAGCGGAUAAGAUGUGCAGUUCCUAUGGUUAUCAAGUUUUAAACGCAAAGUUUGGGAAGGAAAGGCAUUUGCUAUGUUUAAAGCUGCAGGCUAUAGGUUCUUCACCCUUGGCGUCUCGCUCAUGGUCACUACUUCUAAAUCCUGAUUUAAAUGACGAUUUCAUUGGAAAUCAGUUUCCUUUAGCAGAUGUCACUAUGGCGUACGGAUUCCCAGUUGAGGAUCCAUCAUCCGGAUCAGCUGAAGGCUACAUUGGCGAUGAUCAUAAUUUUUAUGGUGUACUACAUUUAGGUAACCGAACUCUCUACGCUGAUCCGUACGGAAUAGAUGAUCCGAAUAAAUUUUUUGGUAUACUGGAAAAUGAUAACAUGGCUGCACCCCAGCGACCACGCCGAGAUAAUGCCCAGUUUCCCUACUUCCCGUUUCGCAUCGAGGAACGUCGGCGCGAGCCAGGUGUCGCGCGUGCUCGCAUCUGCGAUCUACUGCUGCUAGCUGAUAAAGAGUUCUUUGAAAAAGAUGCAAACUCUAGCCUUAAUCAAGUCGUCCGAAGAAUGAUGCAUGCUGUUACACAAGCUGAUAUUAUAUUCAGAAAUGCUGACUUCAAUGAAGAUGGUACACCAGAUAAUAUUGGUUUCUCUGUUAAAUACAUUUUGGUCCUUACUUCCGAAGAGACUAAUAAUCGGGUCUUCGGAGACUUAGGGAAAGAACGAGCGGUAGACGGUAGAAAUUACCUAAUGCGUUUCGCAAGAUUGAGGCGACUUUCCGAAGUCUGUCUUGGAGUCGCUUUCUCUGGUCAUGCUUUUCAUAAUAGGACACUUGGAUUGAGUUUUACCUCUCUUGGUAGUGGUAUGGGCGGAGCUGCCGGAGGUCUAUGUGACAGACGUGCGUACGGCAGAUCUUUCAAUACUCUUGCACUAGCACAUGCUACGCUUAACGCUAACGAACGAGUUCCUGAGAGAAUAUCUGCUUUAACUUUGGCACAUGAAAUAGGUCACAGUUUCGGUGCUCAUCAUGACGACCACUUUCCUAAUCGCGAGUGCCAGGGCUACCUUAUGGGUUCACAAUCAUCACCUUCCAACAGCCACCACUUCGAGUUCUCUCUUUGCAGCAAACGACUCAUAUCAGCUACUUUGAGUAGUAUGAGCUACUGCUUGUUGGAAGUGGAUAAGCCUUUUUGUGGCAAUGGUAUUGUAGAAAAAGGAGAGGCUUGCGAUUGCGGUCUCCCCUCUCACUGCAUAUUUAGAGAUCCGUGUUGUACCCCACGUGCAGGAGGUGCUCUUGCAUCUGAAGAUAGAGCUUUACACAAAGGAGGUUGCUCCGUUGCUCCUACAGCUAUGUGUCAUCCAUCGCAGGGGCUCUGUUGUAAUGCAAAUUGUGAAUAUGCCAAUCUGACUAAGAGUGGCAUUGAGUGUGCAGAGCAAGAAAGACAAUGCACUUGUCCAAACUUGACAUCGGAAUGUCGUUGUGGCGUGGGAGGGCGAUGUCUAGAAGACGGAACUUGCCAUUCCGCUGAGUGCGCCAUCUUGGGUCUUAGAGAAUGCAGCUGUGGAAAGACUGGACCAGGUGGCAUGUUAAGCAAGAAAAAAAUGUGUGGAAUAUGUUGCAUAGUAAAAGCAAGUAGUAAUGCCAAAAGUCGUUGUGUUGGCGUUGAGUUUGCGGCCAAAGAGUUUUUACAUUCUAGUCAAUUACCAACUACAUGGCCAGACAAAGAUUAUAAUGGGCCUAACUUAACAUUGAGUCUCUGUCUGAAUACCACAUGUCGGUAUGUUCAGAUAAGAGCUUGGCCUCCUGGAGAAGUUUGCGUUUCAAUGAACACAGUAGGCAUGUGCUCGCCUCGUGGUGUAUGCAAAAUGGUCGUUAUAACACCUAGCUCAAACGUUUACCCGGAUAUUAUGACCUCGAAAUUGAUGAGGCAUGCAACAAGUGCAUCAAUGAACUUUGAAGUCGAGAUUUCAAAUAUAUUUUUUUUAUUAAUUUUAUAUCAUCUUAUAACAUCAAAUUCUCUCAUGUUUAUUUACAUUUAUACAACAUAAAUUAUUGUAUUUCGUACGAAAACUCACUUUUAUUUUUGUUGACUUUUAAUUGUUAACUGUUUUCCGAUUACGUAGCUUCGCUACUUAGGUGGUUGUAUUUUCUAAUAUAUCAUUUAUCGUA